AUGCCCCGCUUUAAUCGACGGGAGCAGCUCCCGCUCCAUAUCAAGCGCACUAUUUGCGCGCACCACGUCGACAACCACCGCCUACGUCAUGUUGACAUGGCGAGGUGGUGUUACUCGCAGUACGGAUUGCGCCCGGAUCGCUCCACUGUCGGCCGCAUAUUGAAGAGCGCCGUGCGAUGGGCUGUCACGGCAACCGGCGACAACCAAGUGCGCCGUCGAGGUGGCGCAUGGCCUGAGCUGGAGCAGGCCAUGGCGCGGUGGAUCGCAAACGCAGGGCCCACUGGUGUGCCUCUGACGCUACAGACCAUUCGCGACCAUGUCGCGACGAUGGCACGGAACAUGGGCAUUCCGCCCACAUUCCGCUGCUCCAUCGACUGGGUGCGCCGUGCUUUGCGGCGCCAGGGAGUGAGGUGCCGUGCAGCACAAGGCGAGGCGGCUAGCGCGGACAUGGUCGCCGUGCGCCACGCACGUGAGAAGCUGCCGCAACUCCUCACGCAUCUCGGUGUCACCCCGCGGGGCACUUUCAACCUCGAUGAGACGGCGCUCUGGCUGUCCGUCCUCCCUCGGCGCACUUACAGCAACGGCCGCAUUCCCGGCCGCAAAUUAUUCACACAUUUCAUAUCGCAGCUCAAUGUUGCGAUGUACGCCGAAGGUCGCAAGAUCAUGGUGCUGCUCGACAACGGGAGCAGCCACAUGCUCCGCUCUGAGCUCGCAUUGAGCGAGAUCGUCUGCGGGAUGCAGACGACCUGCAUGAGCAACGUGCGGCUCGUCUUCCUGUCGCCGAAUACCGCCGCAUUCACACAGCCGAUCGAUCAGGGCAUCAUAGCCACCGUAAAGGCCCGCUACCGACAGCAUUGGCUGCGGGCCUUCUCAGCCUUGUGGAAUGGCUACGGCGCGACUUCCGCCGUCGCGCAUUUCCGCCUGAACUUGCGCGAUGUCCUCGCGUGGCUGUCGGACGCGUGGACCUCCGUCGACGCGCGCACCAUUCAAUGGUGCUGGUGGCGCACGGGGUGUCUGCCGCUCUCGUGGUCCCUGGAGCUGACGCAUGUACACGACGACGAGCCCACCCCCGCCGUCUACCCCGACAUCGAGCCCGACGACGACGUCGACGAUAUCGGGACGCUCAUUAGCUGGCUCGCCCUCGGGAAUGCGGCGAUGACGACCGCAGAGUACGUCGCCAUCGACGACGGCGAGCCGACGUGCGCCGAGGGCGCUGCGAGACAGCCCAUGAUUGAGCCGGAGGAGGGCCUGGAGGUGGAGCUCUGGCAGGCGCCGACGACCAUGCAAGCCGUCUACGACGACGCCGACCCCGUGGGCCGCGAAGCGCGGCGCACUGCCCGGGCGGCAUGCGAGACGCUCAUCGGAUAUGGACGGGCCACCCGCAUCACGCCGCGCGAUCUGUGCCAUCUGUUCGAUACCCGCAACCCCAUCAUAAUCGUGCGGAUGGAGCGGGCGAGCCCGUCGUUCAACCUCAACGUGGCGCCUCAGCCCGUACCCUCCCCGGGCGCAACUCCCACGCCUGAGACCCCUCGUCCGCGCGGCCAUGUGCUGCCCGGCUGGAUGACCCGUCCGUCUCGCCGUCAGGAGCUGCUUGACGCCGGUGUGGGCGCCGUGAUGGACGGGUAUGUGGACGCGACUGAGUGGAUGCGUCUGGGCCAGGUGGAGGAUGUUGAUUGGAAGGUGAGCGCAGCCGAGCUCCGCUUCGUGCUGCGCCGCUUCCCCCUCAUCCGCACGCUGCGCAUCCGCUUCUUCGGCCCCACCGUGCUUCCGGGGGCUCCGCGGGAGCAGCGCGCGGAGGACCGCCAUCACAAGCGCUCGGGCGGGGGGAGAUUGCGGGCGGGGGGAGUAACAGGGGCUGGGGACGGCGGAACAGAAGCAGCGGGAGGCGGCACAAGGGCAGGGGGAGGCGGAACAGGGGCCGCUACUACUAGGGGAGGAGAAACGCCGCACCAACCUCAAGCUGCCGCGGUGGCGGCCUCCGCUCCGCCUGCCCCCUCUUCUCCGCCUGCCCCCGUCCCCGCGUUUCCUAUCAGCGACGCGGAUGUUCUCGACGGGUCAGCCAUCGUGCGGCUUCUCUCGCUCAACACGCCCCUGCAGAUUCAGCAGGUUGCCGGCACGCAGGUGGAAUACCUCUCCAUCUGUAACUGCGGCGAGUUCGAGGUUCACCAGGGAUUGAGAACGUACAUGUGCGACACGAUCACCGCGUGGGGGCGCAGUAUUAGGCACAUCGAGAUGCACGACCCGAUGCCUUCCGCGGACGAGUUCUGGAAGUGCGUGGAAGGGCACCCGAUGCUUAGCAAAGUGACGGUGUAUAAUUGCACGCACUUAACGGACGGGUUUCUGCGCCACGUGGCCAAGUGCGACGCGUUGAAGGAGCUGUCGAUCGCCAGCUGUCCGAACGUGAGUGGUGGCGGGUUUGCUGAGCUGGCGGUGACGUGUCCCGGAUUGGAGGGGAUGGUUCUGGAAGAUCUGAGUCUGUCCGUGGUGGCCAAGAAAGCGCGCAGUACGCCUGGCGGAGGGCGAGUGGGCGGGGGAGGGGCGGGGGAAGGGGCAGGGGGAAGGGAAGGGGAAGGGAGAGCGGAAGGGAGGGUGGGGUUGGAUGGGAUAGCAGCGGAAGGGGAAGCGGAGUGGAUCCGGGGAGGGGAGGGAGAAAGGGUUGGGGGAGGGGCAGGGGAAGAUGUGCGGAUGGGCGAGGGGGGAGGAGAGGCGGAGAGAGGGGUUGGCGGCAUGGAGGGUGGUGAUGGGCUAGAGGGGGCCAGGGCGGCUGAGGGUGCAGGGCGGCCGGAUGGGUUGGAUGGAACGGUGAGCGUGAGUGGAGAGGCAGAGACAGCAGAAGUGCAAGCAGCAGCAGAGGGGACAGUAGCAGCAACAGCAGCAGCAGGGCGGGGUGGCAAUCUAGCUGCCUCCUUCCCCAACCUCUCCUCCUUGAAAAUCAUCAACUGCACGCUCGAUGCCCAUUGGCUGGAAAUGUUUGCCGGGCAGCUGCCCGCCCUGCGCAGGCUGACCGUCAUGGCCUGCCCGGACCCACUUGACCGGUUUUUUCUGACCGCUGCCCGAACAGCUGCCCGGCUGGAGAGUGUUGAGAUUGUUGACUGCGAGGGCGUGAGUGACCGUGGCAUUGUGGCUCUCCUGAAAGGCUGCCCGACCAUUAACUCUCUGACACUGAGUGGGUGCGAGGGCGGGAGGGGAGGCGGAGGAGAGGGAGGAGGAACAGAAGGGAGGCGAGAAGGAAGAGGAGGAGAAGGGAGAGGAGAACGGGGAGGAGAAGGGAGAGGAAGGAGAGGGGAAGGAGGUGAGGGGAAUGCGGCGAGCGUGACAGAUGAGAGUUUGCGGGCAGUGGUGGUGCAUGGAGUGGGGGUGCGAUCGCUGCAGCUCAAAUGGAGUCCCGGCUUCACUGGCCUGCAGCUUGCCAGAGACGUGCUGGGCUGCUCUCUGUCUCUCUUGUCUCCACCUGCUUCUCGGGCGGCAUCUUUUGUUCCAAUUUCGACAGCGGGACCUGGUGCUCCUGUGUUGCUGCCGCCCGGUGGUGUGGAUCCCCAUGGGUUGCAGUCAGAUGUGCUACAAACGCAUGUGCUGCAGUUACAUGCAUCACACACUUUGCAGUCACACCGGCUACAGUCACACGUGCUGCCGCUGUUGCAGCUGGGGUGGAGUGGACUGGAGUUUCUCCACCUGGAGGGGUUGGAUGGGCUCUCCGAUUCCUUCCUGCUGCUCGCUGCUGCCACCUGCCCCCGCCUCUCCACACUCGCCGUGGAAUAUUGCAGGGAAAUUUCAGAGGCAGGGCUCAUCCCUCUAGUCCAAUCCUGCCACCGCCUGCAGCACAUGUGCUUCUCUGGCUUCCGUGCCACCCACCUCUCCGACCUUCUCCUUCACACCAUCGCCUCGCACUGCCCGCUGCUCUCCACUCUCUCCCUCCGCGCCUGUAACGGGGUUACCACACACGGCGUCGUGCGCGUGCUGCAGGGGUGCGGGCGAAUCGAGAGGUGCCAGCUGGCGCGGUGUCAGGAGGUGGACGAGGAGUGGGUGGUGAGAGUUGCGAGGGAGGUUGGGGAGGUGCGGGCUAGAGGAGCAGGAGGGAGCAGUAGAGUGCAGCUCUACUCUACUCUUGCUCCCCUCUCCCCAUAUGCCAUCUGCUCUCCCCCCAUAUGCCAUCUGCUCUCCCCCCAUAUGCCAUCUGCUCUCCCCCCAUAUGCCAUCUGCUCUCCCCCCCAUAUGCCAUCUGCUCUCCCCCCAUAUGCCAUCUGCUCUCCCCCCAUAUGCCAUCUGCUCUCCCCCCAUAUGCCAUCUGCUCUCCCCCCAUAUGCCAUCUGCUCUCUCCCCAUAUGCCAUCUGCUCUCCCCCUGUAUGCCAUCUGCUCUCCCCCCAUAUGCCAUCUGCUCUCCCCCCAUAUGCCAUCUGCUCUCCCCCCAUAUGCCAUCUGCUCUCCCCCCAUAUGCCAUCUGCUCUCCCCCCAUAUGCCAUCUGCUCUCCCCCUUGUACUGUCCUGCACCCCUGCCGCACUCCACCCUGCCCUGUCCUGUCCUCGUCCCCCCUCUCCCCUCCUCCUCCCCCCCCGGCCCUGCCCCCGGCCACUCCCCCUCCGGCCCUGCCCACGCCCCCACCCCCACUGCCCUGCCCCCUCCCUCUCCUGCCCCAGCCCCCUUCCCCCCGUGCCCUGCUCCUGCCCCCUCCCCCCCCGUGCCCUGCUCCCGCCCCCUCCCCCCCCCUGCCCUGCUCCUGCCCCCUCCCCCACCUGCCCUGCCCACGCCCCCACCCCCCCUGCCCUUCCCCCGCCCCUGGCCUCAGCCCGCGUAG